UCUAUUUCUACCAUCAAAAAGAAAAACUCCACCUUCGUCAUUUAUAGUAUACCAAAACAGGAACCCACGUAUAGUAAACAAACAGAUCUGAAGAGUUUUUAAGACGGUGCUAAUCGAGUUGACCCUGAAAGGUGAAUCGUGCUGACCUGGAAAGAAAGGCAGAGGGGAAGAGUUCGUCUUUGGCUGUUGUUGAGCAGUUUACAAAAAGUACAGAAGCUACAUGCACAAAGCAGUUAGUUCUCACAUAGAUAAUCAUAUAUUUAUAUAGUUUACCUACAUAGCUUUCUAUACAACAAUGUCAUACUGGGGAAUGUUUAUUCGGAAACAAUACCAGUUCUCCUCCUCGCUGUUAAAACUGCAUAAACUCAAUAUUCAACCAGUGUGUCACCAGAGAGGUUUCCAUAAAACGAGUGCCGUUAAGACAUACGAUGUAAGAAAAGUGGAGCUGACGCCUCUGGAGCAGAGGAAACUCACGUUUGACUCACAUGCUCUCGUGAAAGAGCUGGAAUCCAGCGGCUUUGAAAAGAGACAGGCAGAGGUGAUCGUCACUGCAUUGGUGACUCUUACUUCAGCCAAUAUGGAUAUUGUAUACAGAGACAUGGUCACCGGAGCCCAUCAGGAAAUAGCUCUACAGCAAAUCAUGGCUCAUCUAGAUGCUAUCAGGAAAGACAUGGUUAUCCUGGAGAAGAGUGAAUUUGCCAAUUUACGGUCCGAAAAUGCAAAAAUGAAAAUAGAGCUGGAACAAAUAAAGAACAGUCUACUGGAAGAAAGCCAUAAAAUCAGAGCAGAUGCAAAGUUAGACAUUAAUUUGGAGCGAAGUAGAGUUACAGACAUGUUUACAGAACAAGAGAAGAAACUUAUGGACGUUAAAACAGAAUUCCAAAAAAUGAAUGCAGAUAUAGAAAGUGAAGCCGUGGAAACCUCAAAGAAAAUAGACAUACAGGUUGCCUCUUUGAAAACCCUCCUGGAAUCACUCAAGCUAGAGACAAUAAGAUAUCUUGCAGCAUGCAUCUUCACUUGCUUGGCAAUUGCUUUGGGAUUCUAUCGCUUCUGGAAAUGAAUCUCACAAAACAGGAGAGAAUUAAUGUCUAGAGUUUUUAUCUUUAAAUUCCCGCCUUUUUGUAUUAAUUGUGUGUGUAUUUUAUAUAUAUAUAUAUAUAUAUAUAUAUAUAUAUAUAUAUAUAUAUAUAUAUAUAUAUAUAUAUAUAUUUCAAUAUUAUGUUUUUAUGUGAACAGCGUAAAUGUGUUCAGGUUUCUUUUGAUCUGUGGGGCCUCAGUGUUUAACUAUAAAGAGCCAAAAAUCAAACUUGAUUGAGGUCCAUGGGUCGAAAAGUAAAUGUUGCCUUAUGUCCAAAUGUAUAAUAUUGAAAUAAAAAAACCCUCUACAUUUAAAAGGAAUAAUAAUAAAAAAGUUAAAACAAAAA